AUGGCUGCUAAGUUAGCACACGAGUGGAUCGCUCUGAAUAAGCGACUCAAGGACGUUGGAGAUCCUGGCGACAACAAUGAGAAGAAGCAGAAGGUGGCUAUCCUCGAGCACCACAUGAAAAGCAUUGAGUUCCGCACAUGGCUUCUGUCAGCAGUACCGGACGCUGAGACGCGCUUUGAUGUUAAAAAGGCCAACCUUCUGGACAACCUCGACCCCCGCGACAAGUUCCCAUACCUAGUUCGCCCCCCGGUUCUCCCGCCCCGAGGUGCCUCCUGGGCGUUCCCCGGGGGAAACCGGUUACUGGUCAGCGUUGACCUGAACGACAAGUCCGCCAGCUUGAUCCACUCUAAGGCGGACGAAGCGCGCCUGUCCGAUUUCAAGCGCCUCUGGCGUCCCGCUCCCAACGACGACGGACGCUCCUUCAGCGAGUCAUGCCUUUUCAAGUGGGAUACGGGUCUGGUCACACUGGGGAAGGUGGACUUCCGAGAUAAAUCCAGCCCUGAGUCGAGCUUCGGCCACGUGCUCUCCGCCGCUCAGGCCCUCUACCGCAUGCGCUGCCUGUUUCCGAAGCUGAAAGUGGAGAGAGGUGACGGGUGCAAGUGCAUCUGGGGGUUUACGCUGGAACAUGCGCUCAGCGGCGGCCGCGUGAGCGUGGGGGAAUGGAGCGCCACUUUCAUUUUCAAUGUAGCGGACGCAAAGGGGCCUUGGAAGGACGCGUUCCGCAGCGACGCGGCCGCGCUGCUCGCGCUCCUGCUGUCCACCGAGUGUCGUCACCCCUGCGGCGUGUCUGCCGGUACAGUGGACCCCGCCCUGCUCCAGGAUUGGCCGUCCGUCUUUGAGGGCGCAAAAUACCCGGUCGACCCCGUCUUUGCCGGCAUGGAUCCAGUUGACGACGAGGAGAUCGGAGCCAUUGCAAAGGCACCGUGGAAGGCCUCCGGAAAGAGAGGCAGGCAAGAGAAGCGUGCAAAGAGAGCGCCUCCAAAAAAAGCAAAGACGGAGGCCUCGGCCUCUGGAAAAGAGAAGGAAGCGGGGGAGGGCUCGGGGAGCGCGACUGAGGUGCCCCUCUGCGCGGCCAUCUCAUCCGCGAUGCUCCUCUACCGCCUCAGGGCGACCUUCACGCUCGGGAAUCUCAUCCUCCUGGUUCCCACGGACCACCCCGCCUUCAAGUACGACCUAACUCUGAUCACGCCGAUGGCCGGCGAAACCCUCAGCACCGAUUCGGUGUGGCAUGUGGAAGUCGCGCACGCGGCAACCGGGCUCCUUGUGCGCUUCGGCGACUGGCGCGGCGCCGCUACCGUCUGGCUGAAAGAGCCCGGGAGAAGCGAGUGGGAGACCGGGGCAGCGAAGCGCGAUCUUGCGCAGCUGCUCGAGUAUCUAUGCAGCCGGAAGUGCACGUUUCCCGAGGACGGCAUCGUGGCGGGGAGCGUCGCCUAG